CACGCACCCGCCGGGAGCCAAAUCAUCCUGAUCUGCUGCAACGCCUCGCUUCGCCCGUCUACUCAUGUCCGCUCGCGACGGCCCCUAACACUCUCCGCCCCGCACGCUUCUCGAUCUGGCUCGACGACGGCUCAAUCGUCCCUCUUCGCCCGACCCGCCUCCAACCCUCACCACCGGUUCUUGCCCUGUGCACACGAUCUGCACACUUUCGGUCGAGGGCUGCUUCCUCUCCUUCCUCUCGCGACUCUAUCGGCCUCCAUAAUAUCCACCCAUCCCUCCCAUCGCUCAUCCCACCCCGCGAUCUGUCGUCGUCCCGCGCAUCAUGGGCAACGCGCCGUCCAAGAAGGGUGACGGCACCGGCCCCUCGCUCGAUCGCGAGGGUUACGCCUCGUUCUCCAGGUCCGACACCAAGGACUCAUCAAGGUCCUUGAGGAACUCGAUCCGCAACAAGAUCCCCGGCACCAGCUCCAGGACCGACAGCCCGCGAGCUUCCAUAUCCGCCAUCAGCGGCGAGAGCUCCACGAGCCUCAACAAUAUGGACAAGCUGGAGAAGACCGAGUCAGCAUCUGCCAAGUCGGCCGUCAACAGCGCUGCCGCUGCCCAGAAGCGAAAUUCCAUCGCGUCGCAAUCCACCCCCGCCUCGCCGGCGGGAGAGAAUGGUCCAAACGACCUAACGUCAGACAGCCCGCAGCCACCACCGUCUCCCACUCAGUCAGCCACCGUCGGCCACGGUCAUGAAUCCGUCGAUCAAGCUCAACGAACCGGUGAGGUAGAUCAUGUCUCAGAUGUACCGCCGACCGGCGUGCCGCCGCCUUCGGCCAUGCAGAAACCCAAGGAGUCGAUUUUGGUCAAGAACGACCAGCCAAUACCCAGAGCGGAGGAGGUCCAUCCGGAAACCGGAUCCCCAACAAUGGAGCUGAGUGCGCCGAAGGCCAUCGAUCUCGAUGACAUGAUUUCGCGGUUGCUGGACGCUGGAUACUCGGCAAAGGUCACAAAGACCGUCUGUCUUAAAAACGCCGAGAUUUUUGCCAUCUGUCAAGCUGCACGUGAAGUCUUCCUCUCACAACCAGCCUUGCUGGAACUCUCAGCGCCGGUCAAGAUCGUCGGUGAUGUGCACGGGCAAUACACAGACCUUAUCAGAAUGUUCGAGAUGUGCGGAUUUCCACCGAGCUCGAACUACCUGUUCCUGGGUGAUUACGUUGACCGAGGAAAGCAGAGUUUGGAAACCAUUCUACUGCUCCUUUGUUACAAGCUCAAGUUUCCCGAGAACUUCUUCCUUCUCCGCGGCAACCAUGAAUGCGCUAAUGUCACGCGUGUCUACGGUUUCUAUGAUGAGUGCAAGCGCAGGUGUAAUGUCAAGGUGUGGAAGGCGUUCGUUGACACGUUCAACACUCUGCCCAUUGCAGCCAUUGUAGCCGGGAAGAUCUUCUGUGUCCACGGAGGCCUAUCUCCCAGUCUCUCCCACAUGGACGACAUUCGCCAGAUUGCCAGACCCACCGAUGUUCCCGACUACGGGCUGCUGAACGAUUUGCUUUGGAGUGACCCAGCGGACAUGGAUAACGAUUGGGAAGCAAACGAGAGAGGUGUAAGCUACUGCUUUGGCAAAAAGGUCAUUAUGGAAUUCUUGCAUCGGCACGAUUUUGAUCUCGUUUGUCGAGCGCACAUGGUUGUUGAAGACGGAUACGAGUUCUUCAAUGACCGCAUUCUGGUCACUGUCUUUUCCGCGCCGAACUACUGCGGCGAAUUUGAUAACUGGGGAGCGGUCAUGUCGGUGUCCUCGGAGCUACUGUGCAGUUUUGAGCUGCUGAAGCCCUUGGAUUCCAGUGCGCUGAAGAGCCACAUCAAGAAGGGCAGGAACAAGAGGCAGAGCAUGCUGAACAGUCCGCCCGCGAACCAAUAUCCGCAAUCCUACUGAGAUGGAUCCUCGGAAUUCUCACACAAUCGCCACGCGUUGGCAUUUAUGUACAAGGACGAGCGACAGUCCCACGUAUAAUGGCUCUAUGGAGAUACGCUUCCCUGCUGGUAUUGCGAGGGUUAUACGUUUUCUGAAGACUUAGGUCUCACCACCAAGUUCUACGUCUCGCUUAGUAUACGACGGACCGGCCGGCGAUGUACGAGUUGGGUAGAAGGUGGAAGAAAGACGAAGGCACGACGGCGCGGGGUCUUACUGCGAUUUUCUUUGUUUUCGAGUCGACACAGUGCUUCACCCCCUUGGCGGCGCGGGGGCGUCUAUUAUUAUUCUUGGCUUUUCUUCGAAGCGGUGGUGUGGCGCAGGAAUGGGCGUGCUUACGAUAAUUGCGAGCGCGACACGGGCUUCUCCGAUGCGAUGGUAGUUUAUAAGAGCCUUGCGACGUUUGCUUGAAUCCUAACUCCCGAAGUAAGAAUGGUAUAAAUCGUUGAGGC